UGUGUAUCUCUGUGUGUGUAUGUAAGUGAAACGUAUAAAUAAAAUUCAGCCAAAUGCAGAAACCAACAACAAAAUGGAUAACAAAACUACACAGUUGGAUUUUAAAUUACUGGUGGAUCAGUCAGUGAAUCUGCUGGAUAGUUUGAGUGCGGUAUCGCGGUGCGAUGCAAUCACAUUUCUGCUGCAAACGCUUAAGUGCAAAUAUCCAGAGGCCUGCGACAGAGUCGUCAGGAAUCUGUUCAGUCACAAUCCCAAUGACAAUGGCGCCGGAUCGAAGCUGGCACCGGACGCAACGCAGCUAGCGAAGAGCGAGCAGUUGCAGCUGCUGCUUACCCCCAAGAAGGAGAAGACGGAGCCGCAGUCGGAGUUGGAGUCGGAGCCGACGUCGAUUGCGAAAAUCAAAAGGGAGGGAGAGGAUGAGGCAGCCGCGAUCGAUUUGAAUCAGAACUUUGAGAAGAUCCUCUGCAAGGAGGAUUACAAGUGCCUCGACGAGGAGGAUGACUUCCUCGAAGAUGACGCCGACGACACAGAGAACUCUUCUUCCAUGAGUAAGCAGCGCCUGCACUUUUACCGCACGAAUAGCGCCACGAACGCCUGUGCCGACAACAAUGUGGAUGCGAUGGCCGGGACGAGUCCCAUGCUCCUCUCCAGCGAUCCACUCGAUCUGAUACAGACGACGACAGUGGCCAGUGGCCUGGUGAAGCGCAAGUACUCGGCGACGUUUGAUGAUGAAACGGAGGAGGAGGACGAUGACGACGCUGGCGAUAACUAUGACAACGGAAGCAAUAGAAGCAACAGCUGCGCGGAGCUCCUGCUGCGCCGAAAACAGAAUCUUAUGGGCUCCAAGUCGUUGGUUAAGCGGAAACGGAGCAACAACAACAGCCACAUGGGCAGCUUGGUGGAGGUGAUGGCCACGCCCGUUGCCAAGACACGCCCCCGCCUGGGCGAGGGCUACGUGUUCCACGAGGACGACAAGUACACGUUGCGCUACCACCACAGCAGCGGGGAGUUCAGUGAACGAGCCUUCAAGGCGCAGUUCCGGGUGCUGCUUCGCCUGGCGCUGAGCCAGCAUCAUAAGCCCUUCCUUAAGCAAUUCUACGACAACUUUGUGAUCACCGGCCGGCUGCUGGGCACCACGCCCUCGACACGUGUGCUGAAGGAGCUGCGCGAGCAGCGGCUGGACGAGUGGCGACGGCAGCGUGAGCGGCGGCAGGAGGUGGCCAAGGCAGCGGCGGCAACCGCGGCAGCUGAGAGAUUGCUGGGAGAGGAACAGGAGAAGGAGCUGGAGCACGAACAGGAGCAAGAGCAGGAACGAGAGCAGGAGCUGGAGCAAGGGCAAGAGCUUGAGCUGGAGAGGGAGCUUCCGCCAAGCCAGCAACUGGAGCAACAGCUCGAAAUGCCGCUACAGCUGGAGCAGCAAGAGCCACACCAGCUCAGAUCCAUUUCAUUUGGUGACUCUGAGCUGGAGUCGGAAACCGAAUCGCAGCUGUCCUCGGCUGCCCAGGAGAUUAUGAAGUUUGAGGAGUUCAUUGACGAGGGUGUGGGCGCAGGUCGCCUCAUCGAUGGGCUGGAAAUGGAGCCGGAAAUAGAUGAGAUGCUGGCGGGCGCCGGCAGCGGAUUGGGCAGCGUGACUGGCACCGGCAGCGGGAACAGCAACAGCAACAGCAGUGCUGUGCAUGACAAUGGCAUCGCCUCCCUGCUCAUGGACUCCAGCCACGGGACGCAGCUGCAUUCUCAUCAUCUCAACAGCAGCAGCAGCAGUGGGAAUCUCGGAAUCAAUGGCCUUACAUCGUCAAGCAAUAUCAACAACAACAUUAACUGCAGCAAGAGCAACAACAAUGCGCUGGCCCAGCAACUGGGCCCGGAGCAAGCCGGCAAGCAGUCGGUGUCGCAGAGCCAGGCGCAGAUGCAGACGCAGUCGCAGUCGCAGUCGCAAUCGCAACAUUUGACCAUGCCCAUUAGAAGUGGCUACGGCCUGGAAGGUGUUGCGAUGUCGGCGACGAAGCAGCUGAUGUCUGGCAGUGAGAUUCAACUGCAGAACGAGAGCCAGAAUCAGAGCCAGAAUCAGAAUCACUACAACUCAAGCAAUAAUCCACUCUCAAUGCCGCCCAUCAUCGAGCAGAUGAUGCAGAUGCAAAUGCAGCAGCAGCAGCAACAGCAGAGCCCCUUUCCACAGCAUCAGCAUGCGCAGCUGAUGAACAAUCGGCCGUCGCAUCUGCAUCCGCACCAGCACCAGCAGCAAUCGCAGUCGCAGUCUCAGACGUCGCAUUUGACGCCAACUGGCGUCAGCUCGCAGCUGAACUCUUCGCUGGAGCUGGACGACAAUGAGCUGUCCGGCGAGGAGGAGGACGACGAGCUGGACAAUGAGAUGGAUGAGAUGGACGCGGCCAAACAGCAGCUCAUCGAUGGCGGCAGCAGCAGCAGCACCUCGCUGCAGGCACCGCCCUCCCAGAUGGGCGGCAGCCAAACGCCGGGCAGUAAAAAGGACAAGCCCAGCUACAAUUGCCUGCUGUGCCCCAAAUCGUACAGGAAACGCAAGUCGCUGUUGGAUCACUACAAGCUGCAUCCCGGCUACUGUCACGACUGUGGCCAGCCCAACGGCAACACGCUGGAGGAAAUCAUCCAGCACAAUCGCACGAUGCACGUGAAGGAGUUUCCGUUCGUAUGCGAAACGUGCGGCGAAUCCUACUCACGCCGGCAACAGUUCCAUGCGCACGUCGAGUCGCACAAGAAGGAUUUCAAAAUCUUUCCGUGCGGCGAGUGCGGCCUGAAGCUGUCGCAGAAGAAGAUGCAGCAGCACUUUGAAGAUACCGGCCACAAGGCCGACGGUGCCAUCUGUGAGGUGUGCGGUGCUGAGUUCCCAUCCAAGAAUGCGCUGUACCAGCAUAUAAUACGCGUGCAUAAGCGAGAUAAUUUCUUCGAGUGCCACAUUUGCCAUAACCGCUUCACGCUCAAGGCCAAUCUGGAGCGGCACGUGCAGCUGCACACCGAGGUGAAGCGCACCUAUGUGUGCGACCUGUGCGGAUCCUCCUACUUUACAUAUCCUGCGCUCAAGGAGCAUUACAGCAACGCCCACGUCGAUGUCUCCGAGUGCAAGUGCACGCUGUGCGGCAAGCGAUUCGGCUCCGCCAAAUCCCUGCAGCGCCAUUUGCCAUCCCACUCGGAGGAGCGACCGCACUGCUGCAACCACUGCGAUCAGACCUUCAAGUGGAAGACUCACUUGGUGCGCCACAAGCAGACAAUGCAUGGCAAUCAGCCGCCGCCGCCUAAGAAGGGCAAACAGCGUUUCCCCAAAGCGAACGAAGAAGAUAUGGCCUCGCUGCCUGAUAUGCCGGGACCGCCGCCGGUGAAGGCAAGCAAAAAGUCAGCGGUCAGCAAGGCAAAGUCACAGGCGGGCGUAGCCGCAGUACAACAACAACAGCAGCAGCAGAUGCAGCCGGGUGCUGGCAAGGUGGUUAGUGCGGGUGCCACGCCCACGCCGCCACCACCAUUAUCGACGACGCCGGGCUGCUCGCAGCAGGAUCAAUUCAAUGCCAUUGUGAGCAGCAAUAGCUCGCAGUCCUCGACGGCAUCCACGUCGCAGCACUCGGUCUCCACGAGCGAAUCUCAACAGAAUUCCAUGUACAAUCAGAGCUUUAAUGUGGACAAGUUGCAGCAGCAACAACAACAACAACAACAACAGCAACAACAACAACAGCAGCAGCAACAGCCACCACCAACGCAACAGCAGCAGCAGCAGAAUGCGCUGCAUCAACAACAUCAACAGCACGCUGCAGCGACGCCGCCGCCCUCACAGCAGCAGCAGCAGCAGCAGCAAUCGGUGCCGACGCCACAGCAGCAGGCGCCACCGCAUCAUCGCCAUACGCCGCAUACGCCAAACAAUGCAACGGCGGAGAUGCAUAUGCAGCGCAUGAACAGUUUCGGUGGGCCGGAGAGUCAGUUUCACUUUGAGCCGAAUCCGGGCAAUCCGACUGGCGGCUAUCCGCAUCAGUUGUUAAAUCAAUACCAGCAGCAGCAACAGCAACCGCAGCAGCCACAGGUGCCGCCCCAGCAGCAACAGCAGCAGCAUAUGCGUAGCCAUACGCCUCAGAGUCCACAUCCGCACUCGCAUCCACAUCCACUCCAAGCACAGCAGAUGCAACAACAGCAGCAGCAUUUCACCUCGCCACAUCACAUGCCCCCGAUGCAUCACCAGCACCAGCUGAUACUACAACAGCAUCGCCACACCCAUUCGCCGCAGCAUCAGCACUCGCGCCUGCAAUCGCCGCAGCCCCAGCCAUCACCAUCAGCUGUAGCGUCCGCAACACAGCAACAAUUUAUGCAGCAGCAGCAACAACAGCAGCAACAACAACAGCAGCAGCAACAGGCGAAUGAAUCCUGGGGCAAUAUGGGCUUUGGCGGCCCACCAAACAGCCAGCCAGAGCUCAAGGACAAGUUCUACAUUGUCGACUCAACAGAGUUUCUCGGGCUUCCAAUGGGCGUUGGUGCUCCGGCGUCGUCUGCACAGCAACAAUCAGCCGUGGGCGUCAACAAGCCGCAGCAGCAGCAACAGCCACCACCACAGCAGCAGCAACAACAACAGCAACCACAAGACCCAGCAUUGGCGGGCGACAUAUUGGGCUUCCAGCACAUGUGGCCACAACAGGUCCAGCCGCAACAGCAACAGCAGCAACAACAACAACAACAACAGCAGCAGCAGCAACCGCCGACGCCGCAGUCGCAGUCGAAUCAAAUCGGGCCGGGAGAUGCUCACAAUUACAACAACAUUGGCAGUAUUCUAACGAAUCUCAUCGAUACGAAUCCCACGCCUAUGGAGUACAAUUUUGAUAUGAUGCAGCAGCAGGCGUCUCAGCAGCAGCAGCAACAACAACAACAGCAGCAGCAAUCACAGCAGCCGCAACAACAGCAGCCGACGCAGCAACAUCACAAUGCGGGCGGCCCCUAUGGCGGUGGCCUAAUGCGGCAUGGCGGCCCAGGCAACGUUUAUGGCGGCGGCGGCGGCGUCUCCUACGAACAACAUCACAACCACAGCGCGCUCAGCGACCAGCUGGUCAGCGAUCAGCAGAAGCACAACAGCUUUCAGCCAUACCACGGUCAUCCGGGACAUCCGCAUGGACUGCAACAGCCGCUGCACUCGCUGGCGGGCACCGCGCAUUUGUUGCCCCCGCCGCCGCCGCAUGGCAGCGUUUAUGAGCGGACGGCACCGCCAAUUGGCGUGGGCGUCGGCGUAGGUGUGGGCUAUCCGAUGCUGGGCGACGAUUCAAAGUCCGUGCUGCCGCCGAUCAAUGACUACAUGCAUCAUAUGCAGCAGCAGCCCGAUCUUAUCUACUAUCCAGUGAAGAACGAUUGACAACCAAAGUAGCCGGCGCUGGGUGGUGCCCCAGGGCACCACCAGCAGUCCCACCACUACGCGCAUAAUCAUAAUCAUAAUCAUAAUCACACGCACUGGUGGCCAGCAUCAGCAGCAAGUUUAAGCGCCAAGAGAGGCGAUGUUUUUCAUUGAAAAGCAUUCACAUUUGUUUAGUCUGCACGUUAAGAGCGUGCCAGAUGAUGAUUCUAUCUAGAUAAGGUUUAACAGAAGGCGAGCUCUAUAUAUAUAUAUAUUUAUAUAUAGUGUAUGGAGUGUUAUGAAAUAGGUCGAGUAAAUCAGCUCGAAGAUUGGGCCUUGCCGAUGCUCAGUAUAACUAAUCCGACCGACGCUAUCAGACACGUGUAUACAAAUAAAAACAGGAAACACAUCCACACACACACACACCUAGCACACACACACUCACACAAACAGCACCAAGAUAAAAUCAAAUAUAUAAUUGAAGGAAGAUUAACAAGAACAUGACUACAGACAUAUAAAUACAUAUAUACAUAGUAGCGAGUAAGGAAAACAACAACAAACAAAGAGAAAUAAACACUAUAAAUAUUUACGUAAACGAUGUAAUAUGUAGCCUGUAAGGAUGUAUCAACAACAACAACCACAAUUACACCAGACCACAACAACAACAAGAUGAACAGAAACAAAAAACCUACGAACAAAUUUUUGCAACAUAAUUUAUGCUUAUUUAACUGAAAUGAGAACACAAAUACGUACGUUAAUAUAAAAUCAGAUCAACCUUAUAUAUAUGUGUAUAUAUAUAUAUAUAUAAAUGAAGAACCUUAAAAAAUAUGAAAGAUUGUAGAUUGAUUUGAAAGAGUUUUGCGCUUGGGGCCUGCAUCACAA